ACGCUCACUGCUUCGCUGCAGUCAUGAGAACGUUCGUUGUUGCCGCUGUGCUGACGCUGGCUGCGGCCGCGCCCCAGGGACAGCCCGAGGUGCGGGUGCUCUCCGAGAAGUUUGAGCAGGAUGAGCAGGGCAACUACCAGUACGCUUAUGAACUCGACAACGGACAGAAGGUGGAUGAGUCGGGCCAGGUGAUUCCCGGCUCCGAGCCCGAGACUGGGUCCCUCAGCGUACAGGGAUCCUACUCUUUCGUCGGCGAUGACGGCAACACCUACACCGUGACGUACACGGCCGACGAGGGCGGCUUCAAGCCGGAGGGUGCGCACCUGCCUGUUGGACCCGCCCAGAUCCCCGAGUAUGCGCAACUGCGCCAGGAGCACCCCGAGCUCUUCUGGGCCGAGAACCAGCAGUUCCAGCUGGACCCGCGCCUCGGUUCGACUUAAACCGAACUGUUUGUUCGCAGCAAGCGGCAGCGAACUCCCCUGUGAUCAUUCCGCUCGUGAGCUGGGACUGCUAUCGCUGCAGGCCAGCUGGCGAACGCCUGCUGUACCAUGCGCACGGCGCCUGUGCCGUUUUAUGUAUGCACCUGUGAUCCAUGUUCAUGUUGACGCCGAGGGCCGGCGUAUUUGUAAUAAAAAGGAGCUAUGUAAAAAAGGACUUAAACAGCACACAUGCAAUGUGAAAUUGAAGACAGCAUGAAGAAAAACAAUGGUGAGGAGUCCCGUUGGAUUGAUUCGAUUAUGCCAAAGGGCAAUACGUCACGCGUAAAUACACUAUAUAUAUAUAUUCAUAAGAGGAAACCGGCUGACGUAUGGGUAGAAAAUAUGUGGUCCUGGGAGAUUUUAACAUCCCAGGAUAGAACGCAGAUUUUACCCAAUUGUCAAAUCGUAACAAAAACAUUUUUGCAUGCUUGGAAGAAAGUUUUCUUCGGCAGCUGGCGUGUAAGCCCACUAGGGGAGUGGAAAUUUUUGAUCUUGUUUUGACUAAUGAGGGAUGGCUGGUAGAUGCGUCAGUGUUAGGUGAGACACUAAGGUGAUGAUGACGACGAUUUGAGCUCUGAGGCACACCGACCACAAUGGUCACAUGGCGCCCAUAACUUAUUUUUCAUUUCAAUGGUGUGUGAACAAAGCGAGGGGACAAGAUUUCGUCCGAUACAUGACAUGAAAAAGAAAACAUAUGACUGUCAUUUACUAAGCUCGAGUCGUCUCCCAAGAUACCACAGACUGUUUGGUGCACGGAUCCAAAGUGAUCCAAUGAUCUCUGAUCCAAAAUGGUGCAUGCGUUCCGAGGCGAGGCGGGCACAAUCAAUCUAGACAUGUCGUACGAUGUAAUGAUCCCCACAACGAGGACAUCGCGGUUGGUCUUCCCACAUAUCAGGUGUCCGUGAGUUGCGCAUGCAUGACCUAUUCUCAGGCGGCAUAGCGUCACUUCAUCCCACCUCAACUUACGACAGCUGGACGGACGCCCAUGGUCCCAACUAGGGCUUUAUCUCUCU